UGGUAGGGGAAUAAGAGAGAAAGUCUAAAUAUUUUUUGAUAAAUAAAAUAACUUAUUUAUAUUAUUUAUCUGACACUGUUUAGUUGUAUAUUUUUAUAAGCUUAAUAUUUCAAUUAAUUGUUUAUUUAUUACUUGUAAUAUUUGAUAAAUUAUCUAGUAUACAAUAAUAUCAACGUGCUGCAUCUGUCAAAAGUGUAAAAUACUUUGUCAAAUUUUGAUCAACAAGUAUCGAAAGUUAAUUAAUAAUAUUGUUCAAUAAAAAUUAAUAACAAUGGUUUUAUUAAAAAAUUUACAACGUACUGUAAUGACAGUAUCACGAGAAUAUUAUAAAAAAAAAGUAUUUAAAAAUGUUCAUCAAUUGAAUGUUAUAAGAAAAGCAUCAACAACACAGCCUCUACAACAAGAAAAACAAGAUGUCAAGGUUACUUUUAUCAGAGCCAGUGGUGAAAGAAUUGAGGCUAAAGGAAAAAUUGGUGAUAACCUUUUGGAUAUUGUUGUUAAUAAUGAAAUUGAUUUAGAUGGUUUUGGUGCAUGUGAAGGUACACUAACAUGUAGUACAUGUCAUUUAAUAUUUUCCAAAGAUGUUUAUGAUAAAUUACCAGAAAAACCAACAGAUGAAGAACUUGACAUGUUGGAUUUAGCUUAUGAUCUUUCUGAAACAUCAAGACUUGGUUGUCAAAUAAUCAUGACUAAAGAUCUUGAUGGACUUGAAGUUCAUGUACCAACUACAAUAAAUGACGCAAGAGAUUAAUCAAAGUAAAUAAAUAGAAUUAAAAUAGUGCAACGUGUUUAAUUGCCUUUUGAUAUUUUUUAUCAACAGAUGUACAUAAAAUUUUUUUAACUAAAUCAAU